GUUCUGGGCUCGGCUGCUGAGGCCGGGCCUGGGCAGCGCGGCUUCGGGGGCGAGUGUGGUGUCCCUGUUGGUCCUGCUGGCUCUGCGCCCGCGCCUCAUCUCUGCGCGCUCAGGACCCGUGCUCCCGUGUCCUUGAGCGUGCCGCGGACGGACGGGGACGCGGCAUCCUCCAGGCGCCUGCGCUGCCUGAGUCCUUGAGGUCAGAGGUCACGGGGAAGGUCGUGGAAGGAGCUGCUUUGGGCUCCUGGCACUGAAGUCAGUGGUCAAAAGAAAUAGACUCUUUAGAGGUCACAGUUCACGAUGCGCUGCCUGCCCACGCCGGCGCUGCUUCGGGCUCUGGCCCAGGUGGUACGAGCAGGGCAUCCCGGUGCCCGGAGCCUCCACAGCAGCGCAGUGGCAGCCACCUACAAGUAUGUGAACUUUCAAGAGCCCGCGAUGGACAUGAAGUCAGUGACUGACCGGGCGGCUCAAACCCUGAUGUGGACUGAGCUCAUUCGAGGACUGGGCAUGACCCUGAGCUACCUGUUCCGGGAGCCAGCCACCAUAAACUACCCAUUUGAGAAGGGCCCGCUGAGCCCACGCUUCCGCGGGGAGCACGCGCUGCGCCGUUACCCGUCCGGGGAGGAGCGCUGCAUCGCCUGCAAGCUGUGUGAGGCCGUCUGCCCUGCCCAGGCCAUCACCAUCGAGGCCGAGCCGAGGGCGGACGGCAGCCGCCGGACCACCCGCUACGACAUCGACAUGACCAAGUGCAUCUACUGCGGCUUCUGCCAGGAGGCCUGCCCCGUGGACGCCAUUGUGGAGGGCCCCAACUUUGAGUUCUCCACGGAGACGCACGAGGAGCUGCUGUACAAUAAGGAGAAGCUGCUGAACAACGGGGACAAGUGGGAGGCCGAGAUCGCCGCCAACAUCCAGGCGGACUACCUGUACCGGUGACGCCCAGCCGGCCCGCAGCCCAAUAAAGCGGCUCUGACCUCCC